AUACCAAAACCCUAAAAAAACCAAAUAGCCGAUGAAAUCCAGUUUCCGUACCAUUUCCAUCCGCCGUCAUUCCGGCCACCGAACCUUCUCCGAUACGGCGGUGGAAGAUGUCUACAAAUUCGUAAGAGACAGAGGUCUCGACCACGCUGUAGAAAGAGAGAAGAAUCUCAGACCACUUCUCAGCAUCAAGGACCUUAUCAGAUCGGAGCCUGCAAAAUCAGUUCCGAUCUCAGUUAUCACCACUAAGAAAGAUUCACUACGAGUUCCUCUCCGUCCAAUCGAGUUCAUCAGAAGCUUCCCUUCCGUUUUCCAAGAGUUUCUCCCCGGAGGAAUUGGUAUUCAUCCUCACAUCAGUCUCACGCCGGAGAUUCUAAACCUCGACGCCGAUGAGCAAUUGGUUUAUGGUAGUGAGUCUUAUAAGCAAGGAUUAGCUGAUAGGCUUUUGAAAUUGCUGAUGAUUAAUAGGAUUAAUAAAAUUCCUUUGGAGAUUCUCGAUUUGUUGAAAUGGGAUUUAGGUUUACCUCAGGAUUAUGUUGAAACUAUGGUACCUGAGUUUCCUGAUUAUUUUAGAGUAAUCAAAUCGAAGUUACGAGGAUGUAGUGGCGAAUUAGAGCUGGUUUGUUGGAGCAAUGAUCAUGCUGUGUCUGUGUUGGAGAAGAAAGCUAGAACAAUUGGUAAAGGAGAGUAUACGAAAGGAUCCGCGAUUGCUUUUCCGAUGAAGUUUUCAAAUGGUUUUGUGGUUGAUAAGAAGAUGAAGAAAUGGAUUGAUGAUUGGCAGAAACUGCCGUAUAUUUCUCCUUAUGAAAAUGCACUCCAUCUGUCGGCGACUAGCGAUGAGUCUGAUAAGUGGGCGGCUGCUGUUUUGCACGAAAUCAUGAACCUUUUUGUGUCGAAGAAGGUUGAGAAAGAUGCCAUUUUGCAUCUUGGUGAGUUUAUGGGAUUGAGGUCGAGGUUUAAGAGAGUUCUCCAUAACCAUCCCGGUAUCUUUUACUUGUCAAGUAAGCUUAGGACUCACACUGUGGUUCUUAGAGAUGGUUACAAACGGGGGAUGUUGAUAGAGAACAAUGAAUUGGUGACAAGCAGGAACCGUUACAUGAAACUCAUGAAUACAGUUAAGAAAGAAAAUAAGGCAGUUCCUUCUAGCAGCAAGAGAGAAGAUAAGGGGAAAGUGGAAGGCGCAGUUUGUGAUACUAAUGCAAAGGCUGAGAAUGAUAAAGUGGAAGGCGAAGUUUGUGAUACUGAUGCAAAGGCUGGGAAUGAUGACAUUUCUGGUUCUGAUGUCGAAAAUGAUCAUCAAGGAGACUUUGUUGAUGAUGACGAGGACGAUGAUGAAGUGGAUCAAAACCAGAGUCUGAACCGUCGUCGUAGAAAUUCAAGUCCAAGAGCAGGUAGAAGGAGUUUUGGAAACUCGGGUUCAAGAGAUAAGCCACAAUCGAGGCGGAACAAGAUCAGUUUAAAGACCGAGAAGAAGAGGAGUCGGAUGUAUUAAAGACAAUCCAUCUUUACUGGUGGCUGCAUUUUCAGCGGGUUCGUUUCUUCUCCUGUGUAGUAAUCUCACUCUAUAGCUUGUCCGUUUCAUUCUUACUUCUCAGGGGAGAACAAUCGAGUUUUUAUAAAGAGUUAUAUUCCGU